CUGUACAAGGCCGAGGAUGAUAGGGUCAAGGUGCGAGCAUUGGUCGGGCUCUGCAAGCUGGGGUCUGUCGGAGGAAGCGACGUGAAUGCCAGGACCUUUGCAGAAGGGUCCACCGUGAAGCUGGAGAACGCUUGUCGGCGGUUUCUGGUUGACACGGAGAGAGGCGACAUACUGCGCAAGUGGGCAGCAGAAGGAAUGGCGUUCCUGACUCUCGACGCAACUGUUAAGGAGGCUCUAAUUGGAGAUACUCCAGCUCUCACUGCUCUCCUGGAGCUGGCAAAGACCCCCGACAGCUCACUGCAAUUUGGAGUGUCGACCAUCCUGGUCAACCUCACCAACAGCUACGAGAAACCCGAGAGAGAUGAAGAACUGGAGGAACUCGGUCGCUACGCGGGGGAGAAUAUACCCAAGGAGCACGAGUGGGAUGGGGAGGAGUUUGUGAAGAAGAGGGUAAAGAUUCUGCUGGAGGUGAAAGUGGUUGUGAUACUCCUCGAGUUGGCUGGCAACAAGAGCACCACCGUCCACGAGCAGGUGUCACGGGUGUUUCUCGCUCUGACAAACGAGGUCGAUAAUCGAGGGGCUGUCAUCCAGCAGGGGGGAGCCAAGGCCCUGCUUGGUCUGGCCACUGACAACACGGCGAAAGGGAAGUUUAUCGCUGCACAGGCUCUGGCGAAACUAGGAAUAACCAGCGACCCUAGACUGGCGUUCCCAGGGCAGCGGUCUCUGGAGGUGGUGCGACCGCUUGUCUCUCUCCUCACUGCCGAGCAGGGGCUGAUGCAGUUCGAGGGCCUGAUGGCUCUGACCAACCUUGCCUCCAUGAACGACGACGUGAGGAGACGGAUCCUCAAGGAGGGUGGCGUGGGGCACAUGGAGUCUCUAAUGUUCGAAGAGCACGAGCUCAUCCGACGUGCCGCGACCGAAGCUCUCUGCAACAUGAUCUGCCUCCCCGAGGUGGCUGCGAGGUUCCAUCGCAGCGACGACAUUGAGCGAGUGAAACUCUGGACUCUAUUCUCCGGGGAAGAAGAUGAGAAACUGGCCAUCGCUGCGGCUGGCGGUCUCUCCGUCUUGUCUCGAGACCCCAAGGUCUGCGAACAGAUCCUGGCUGUCAAGUCGGCAAUAGAGAUCCUGAAGGAGCUGGUGACCAGUGGGUCGGAGGAGCUCCAGUUCAGAGGACUGUACCUGGUGGCCAAUCUGGUGGAGUCCAGCAGGGAGGCAGCGGAGAAGGUGAUGGAGGGAGAACUGAUGGACGUGUGCACCGCGUAUUCUCAGGGGGAUUUCCCUGCCAGACUGAAGGAGGCCGCGCAGCGAGCGCUGACAAGGCAAUCGAGUACGGAGUCAUCCAACAAAACCCUGAACUAG